AUGAUUCUAAAUUGUACUCGCGGGCCGAACCCUAAAAAGGUGAGUUCAUUCUGCGCUCAUUCGAACAAGAGAUGGUCUUUCGCCUUGAUCUCUCCGAAAAGUAUUGCGAUACUUAGUGUUUUUCCUGUGAUGAUAGAUAAUACGUCGCGAAUACCGGCUAUUUUCGAAUAUCAUCGUCUCUGUCGCGAGUCGAUUGAUCUUCUCUGCUUUCACGAUCAUAACUAUCUGCGUAUUUGUCAAUGUGAUCAUCGACGCGUCGAUUGUUUUGGACAUUCUCUCGCUAGUGAUCAGUGUUCGGCAUGUCUAUCAGGUGGCCACUAUAUUCGCGGCAAUCUUCAUAAGAGCAAAGACUUCGUUUGUUUGUGUUCUCAUUGUCAUGAAGGUCGUCUGUGUGAAUCUAGUAUGAAUGCAUUAGGAUUUACGAUCGACUCACUGAUCAUCUCCGACAACUUGGCUCACCAGUCGACUUAUGUUUGUCUGGCUAGUCUAUCCUUCUCCAUUGGCCUGUUCAAUAAUUUGUGUUCGUUUGUUACAUUCAAGCUACUUAUUGUGCCGAUCCUAAAUCAAUGUGUGCUCCUCAGUCUGCUACUUCAGUUUAUUCAUAUGUUGAUACGGUCACUGGAUGAUGUUGUUAGCAUGCCUUCGCUACGCGUGCUCUCAUGCAAGACACUGUCUUAUCUUCUUUCGAUAUUUACUCGAGCCACUUACUGGCUGACGAGCUGGGUCGCUCUAGAUCGUCUCUACGUCGCCAUUUUUCCGAAGAUGUUACCUUCGAGAAAUCCACGGAUUUCGAUCUGGUAUAGCGAAGCGACGCUGGUAAUUCUCGCUUCGAUGCAUACACAUGGAACAUUGCAUUACACCUUCGUUGCCGAUCAACUGGUCACAGCUGCAUGCGUAAUGAACUCCAGAAUCCCAUUAUUGCAAGUUACAACCGUGUCAACACACUUUUCAAUUAUCUCGGCCCAUUCACUUUACAAACCGUCGCCAUUACACUGUUGA